AUGUCGACAGCCCUUUUCCGGGCGCUGGCCGCCGCCCCAGCUCGACAGUCCCUACUGAGAACCGCCUUACCGGCCCCAAUCCGAUUCCGCAACUAUUCCACCGAGCCCACAUCAACAACUACAACGACGAUACCCCCCUCAGAAGCAACCUCCGCCACCACUGACGAAACGGCUCCGGCUCCGACUCCGACUCCGAAUUCCCCUGGACCGACAGGCCCGACAAAGAACUACCCCUUUCGCGUAACCCGAACGAACUCCCAGGCGCUAGCCGUGUACCAACGGGCCCAAGCCGGCGGAAACAAGAAGUUGACAUUGAUCAAGAAGAUCGAGGGUGACCGCCGCGCGUUAGUGGCUGCGCUGGCUGAAGGACUUGGGGUGGACCCCGGGGAUUUUAUUAUGAAUAAUGUGACGGGGCAUGUUGUACUUAAGGGCCACCGGAGGGAAGAUGUCAUUGCGUGGUUGACGAAAGAGGGAUUUUAA